CUGGCGUGAGACCAUGUUGCACUGCGCGUCAAACCAAAACCCCUAUAUCGUGGUUCUCUUCUUCGAAUAGAAUUGCAGGGACGUCGCGGGACGCAUCUAUGCUACCGCGAGAUCAAACACGCGUACUUUCCACGCUGAAAAAAUGGACCGAUUCGUGUGGACCAACGGACUCCUUGAGAUGAAUGAAACUUUAGUAAUCCAGCAGAGGAGUGUCAGAAUAUAUGACGGAGACGACAAGGUGAAACUUGAUGUAGGCGUGGUCCUCUUGAGCACACAUCGAUUAAUCUGGAGGGAUCAAAAAAACCAUGAGUGCUGUAUAUGUAUACCGUUGUCUCAGAUCAUAUUCUUCGAGGAGCAGGCUGCAGGAAUUGGAAAGAGUGCCAAGAUUGUCAUUCACCUGCAUCCUUCUCCUGCUAAUAAGGAGCCGGGGCCAUACCAGAACAGCAAGUUUUCCUUCAUUAAAUUAUCCUUUAAGGAACAUGGGCAAAUUGAGUUUUACAGACGUCUGACAGAGGAAAUGACUCAGAGGAGGUGGGAGAAUAUGCCAGUAUCGCAGCCCAUUACCACAGCAGGACUCAAGACAGGAAAAACACGUGCAGUCGGGAUUGUUGGCAUCGAGCGGAAGCUGGAGGAGAAAAGGAAAGAGACGGAUAAAAAUAUUUCAGAGGCAUUUGAAGAUCUCAACAAGCUUAUGGUGAAGGCGAAGGAGAUGGUGGAGCUUUCCAGAUCCAUCGCCAACAAAAUCAAAGACAAACAGGGGGACAUCACUGAGGACGAGACUAUCCGCUUCAAAUCGUAUUUAUUGAGCAUGGGCAUCGCCAACCCCGUAACCAGGGAAACCCACGGCUCAGGCACACAUUACCACAUGCAGCUUGCUAAACAGCUGGGAAACAUACUGCAGGCACCACUGGAGGAGCGAGGAGGUAUGAUGGCCCUCACAGAGGUCUACUGUUUGGUGAACCGAGCACGAGGGAUGGAGCUUCUUUCUCCUGAGGACAUGGUCAAUGCUUGCAAAUUGUUUGAGUCUCUGAAACUCCCUCUCAGGUUGCGAGUGUUUGACAGCGGCGUAAUGGUGGUUCAGCUUCAAUCUCACAGCGAAGAAAAGAUGAUUGCAUCUGCUAUCGAUAAUGUGUCUGAAAAGGGAUCCUUGACAGCGGAGGAGUUUGCCAAACUAUUGGGACUGUCUGUUCUCCUUUCUAAAGAGAGACUGCUGCUGGCAGAGAAAAUGGGGCACCUAUGCAGAGACGACUCUGUGGAAGGCCUGCGCUUUUAUCCCAACCUGUUCUCUGAUCAUCAGGAAUAGCCGAUUUUUUUCUACUGGACUUAUUUGAUUCUACUGGACUUGAUUCUGAUUUUACUGUAUUUCUUUAUACACAGGAAAAGGUUUAAAGGAGCCAUGAUUUUUUCACUACAUUGCUUCAAAAAGCUGUAUGAAAUGUAACUGUAAAACUGAGUUAGGUACUAAAGUCCUGUCACUUAACAGUCAUUAUAAACCCCUGAUCAGCAAAGCCAUGACUAAGAGCCUCACAAAUGAACCAAAGCCAUGUAUAAGUUUCAGCUUUGGACCUUUAGAAGUUUCAAUCGAUAAUAAAUAAAUGGUUACUUCUUUAUAAUGUUGUCGCACAUGCGCAGGUUAUACAGUUAAACAGUUUAUGAAGACCCGGUGAUCACACUCACGUGAAAUUUAAACAUCCUACUCAUGACUCCCCCCUUCUUUACUGUUAAUCUCCAGUCUUACCACUUUCCACUAGAGUUAUCUGUAAGUAAAUCUUAAAGCUACAGCAAAGAAAAUAUUCUAGACAAAUGUGUGCUUCCGACUUUGUUCCAACAGUUUGGGAAAAAACUGCAAGUUUAACCUUAGAUUUCUGUAUUACAUAAAUAAAGUUCUAUUUCUUCCA